UUCUUGUUUAUUCUAAUUGCAAACCACACACAUCCAUUCGUAAUCACACGUACACAUUUAAUACUGGAAGACUGUCAUUUAGCUUAUUUGAUGUUGCUUAGCAACGGGGACAGACUUCAGAGCAAAGAUUCUAGAACAGAGCUUCAGAGAGACACGUUUUGAGUUCGUGGCCAAGUAGGCUACCUAAAAUAUCGGUUUCCAUGUGUAUGUGCUGGAUGGUGUGCUUCCUUUAUGAAAUAUUUGAAGAAAAGGAUUCCUCAAAAUCCACGUUAUCAGCAUGUGAAGUCUAGACUGGAUACAGGCUGCAGCCUGACCAAGGAAAUGGAGAGACUUGAAGAAAUGAAGAAAAAUUACAGAUAUAGAAAGGAUGAACUUUUCAAGAGGCUCAAAGGGACAACUUUUGCUCAGCUGGUUCUUCAAGUUGCUUCCGUCACAGAUCUGAAUGAGACUUCCAAUGGAAAAGAAAAACAAGAUUAUUCCUGUGGACAACCAGAAACAGAUGUCAGCCACUUUACAAAGACAUCAAGUAGGAUACAGCAGCCCUCACCAGUGCAGUUCAGUAAUGAUGACUGUGGAGAUUCCGUUUCUCCUAGAUCCACGCUUCAGAGUGUGAUUAGUGGUGUUGGAGAACUGGAUCUUUAUAGAACUGAACCCAACACUGUUGAUCUGAUGCCUGGGUCCAGUCCCAAUGUUGAAGAGAAGCCUUACCCUGAUUGUCCAUACCUAUUAUUAGAUGUACGUGAACGAGACUUAUAUGACCAGUGUCAUAUCAUCAGUGCAUUAAGUUAUCCCAUUGCAACCCUUUCACGGACAAUGAACCCUUUCACCAAGGAAGUGCUGAAUUAUAAAAAUGUGAUUGGAAAGAUCAUCAUUGUCUAUGAUGAAGAUGAAAGACUUGCAAGUCAGGCAGCCACUACAAUGUGUGAACGGGGAUUUGAGAACCUCUUCAUGCUCUCUGGAGGCUUGAAGGUUCUUACACAGACAUUUCCUAAUGGAAUGACAACAGGCUCAGUUCCUGUAUUGUGUCUGUCUGCGGGCAUAGGACACACACGCUCCAAUCUCCAUCAAGGCUUAUGUGAAACUGAGAAGAAAUGGAGAUUUACUGCUGAAGACCUGCACAACAUUCAGAAUUAUUUAGAGCACUGUCUUGUCCCAGUCAACCCUAACAGCCGGCUCAGCAGAAUGUCUACAGGGAAUGCACAGUCUAAAUCGUUUUGUGUGGAAAGUCAGCUAUCCAUCUCACCGACAGGGUCCGGGCGGGGAAGAACAGAAAGCACCAGACCUUGGAAGUAACCAGAACCAUCUCAUCUUCCCAUGUGUGAUGGAAACAUAUAUACACUGUACAUAUUUAAUCUUUCCUUUUCUUGCCUUUUUCUGAUGUACUUCACUAAAAUCGCAAUGUUACUCUUACAUUUGGACAAACAUCUGUUCUAAAUGGUUUGUUUUUUUUAUAUAUACUGUAUAUAAAUGUCACAUACAUUGUAUGCAAAUAUUUCAUAGAUAAUACUCAUUUAAUUUUUUGGUUGUACUUAUCCUGUAACAUUUUCCUUGUCUGGUAACCAUUGAAGUGCUUCUGAUAUGCCAGAUGCAAUGUUCAUGAAUGGUAUUGAACAUGUUGAACUGUUAUUUUUAGCAGACAUAGAUUUUUUUAAUUUGAGUAAUAGCUUAUGCUGUAAAAGUAUUCUUUCAGACAGCAUCAGGGUCACACUGAUGUGUCCUCAU